AUGUAUCGCAAACUGAAGUACGAGGUGGAGUACCUGACGGAGGAGCAUCUCACCGGCUUCGAGAGUUACAAGUAUAGCUCCCUGGACACAAGUCCCCUGAGCGUAUACAUUAUGCAUCCCUUUUGGAACAAAGUGGUACAGUAUUGUCCAAAAUGGAUUGCUCCAAACGUACUAACUUUCUCGGGAUUCCUUUUUACUGUGCUAAACUUUAUGCUAUUUGCGAUUUACGACUACUAUUUUUACGCAUCCAGUGAUGACAAGCCGGAAUACCCUCCGAUAGCACGAUGGGUCUUUGCCAUGGCUGCUUUUAACAUUUUUAUGGCAUAUACGCUUGACGGGAUAGAUGGAAAGCAGGCAAGACGCACACAAACUUCUGGCCCCUUAGGGGAAUUAUUUGAUCAUGGUUUAGACAGUUGGACUGCCAUGUUGAUCACGGUGUGUAUGUACUCAGUCUUCGGCAGAACGGAUCACAGUGUCUCGCCGUUGCGAAUGUACUUCAUACUAUGGAACGUAUUUAUUAAUUUCUAUCUAAGUCAUUGGGAGAAGUAUAACACAGGUGUAUUGUUUCUUCCUUGGGGAUACGAUGCUUCCAUGCUAGCAACUGUCAUUGUAUUUACACUUACCAGUAUAGGUGGACACGAAGCGUGGAAAUUCGAAUUGCCAGGUGGUAUAUCGGCGGGAAUAAUGUUUGAAUUGUUGUUUUACGUUAGCGCACUUGUGUCCAACCUGCCGGUCGUCGUUUGGAAUAUAUAUAAAUCGUACAGAGAUAAGACCGGCAAAAUGCGAACAUUUCCAGAGGCUAUAAGGCCCUUGGUACCUGUAAUUUUGUUUUUUAUAAUUUCCACUGUCUGGAUAAUGCACUCGCCGAACAAUAUUUUAGAGAAGGAUCCGAGAAUAAUAUACUUUGCCAUUGGCACUAUUUUCUCUAAUAUAUGUUGUCGACUAAUUGUAUCACAAAUGAGUAGUACUAGAUGCGAAAUAUUACCAUGGAUAUUAUUGCCAGUCGCAGUGGCCGCUAUUUUCUCGUUUAUCUUGCCCAGUAUAGAUUUGGAAAUUAUGUAUUUAGUCUCCGUAGUGGCCUUGUUGGCGCACAUUCAUUAUGGCACUUGUGUGGUACGUCAAAUGUGCCGGCACUUCCGUAUUCAGACGUUCACCAUAAAAGAUCAUUCCGAAUGACUACUUGCCGACGAUGCAUGUUAAAGAACGAAGAGACAAGUACAACAAAAGAUCGAUAACCUAACACCGGAAAAGCAAGCAGGAAGAAGAGAUCUGACACACACAUACACACACGGACUUUUUAUUAGAACUUCACGAGGAAUUAACUACCAUGACAUAAGCACUUGUAAGAGAGAAUAAGGAAUUUCUAGAAUCACGUCCUUUUAUGAAAAUACACGUACCAUUGGCGCGGAAACAAUAAUAAUAAUGCUGCUCGCAGAGAUUUAAUAUAGUACGCUAUUUUAUUCCACACAUAUCUAAAAAAUAGUGCCUGUUGGAUCGCCUAUUUAUUUCUAUACGCAAUAACAAAAUUGUCCAUAAUGUUGUUUAACUACUGUGAUAUACUUAUCUGUAUCGCUUUAUCUCCAAGAGCAGCAGUUCGUCCAUAAAACAUUCUCUCCAUCGUGGUAUUCCGCUAGCUUAUAUUAUAUGUGUGUACGAAUACCUUUUCUUUGAAUGCUGCCGAGCUCAUUCAACGGUAAACUAAAGAUGCACCUCUUCGUUUUCGACAUGUGUCGUCCCUCGGACGUCGUUAUAUACUCAAUGUACAUUGUAUCUACUUAUGUUUUGCUUUUUAUUUUAAUUCUCUUGUUUUUUCUCUCUUCCUUUUUAGUAUUCAUAAAAGCCGUGUAAAUUAUCGGCAAUUAUAUUAGUGCUCGGAAAUCAGAUGAUCGAAUAAUUCAGACAGUUUGAAUCUUAAGACUGAACGUUAAGUAAUUGUUUUCGAACUUUUCGAACUGAAGAGAUAUUUAAACUAUUUACACUUAUUUCAGGCCCGAAAAUUCAAAAUUAUUGUAGUUUAUAUCUAAAUUUUGAUAUUAUAGGUUUGAGUUGCUUGCAUUCUUCCACGCGCAAACAAACCUAUUAAUGUAAAAGACUUGUGACAAACUAGUCUUUUAUUUUUGAUGCGCACUUAUUUCCAAUCUUCUUCACUAUCCAAAUUGUCCGAAAUAUUCGAAAUAAAUGCUUUUUUUAAUUUUCGAACUAUUCGAACAAAUCGAAUACACAGAAUGUUCGAAUAUUUUAUCUGAGCCCUAAUAUAUAAAUUCUCUUUUAUAGAAUAUUGUAUGUGUUGUGUAGUAUACUUCAAACUGCAUUUAGUACAAUGUGUACGUCAAGUAAGAAAAGAUAGAAUGUGAGUUUAUUGCUUAUCGAGUGUACAUUUUUGCGUUGAGAUAUGUGUACAAACAAUUUUAUCGUGUAUGAUUUUUGUAAAUUGCAACGAUAAAAUUCUGCUACAAUGGAAUGUAAUGUUGCGAUAAUAUCGAUAUACAGCUAAUUUCUUUUUUUCUAUUAUACUUUAAAAUUCACUUGAUCGCAAUUGUAGAUAUAUCAAAAUAAUGCGAUUUACCGAGUACAGUGUAAAAUAAAAUAAUGUGUAUUACGAUAAGAAGUGUAGACGGUAAAAGUGAAGACAGCAUUUCUUUUGUGAAUUUAAUAAGUUUUCUCAAGCUUAUAUAUAAAUUUUGUUGGACUAUACAUAUAUAUAUAUAUACGUACGUAAUAUAUUACAGUGUAAUGUAAUACUGCAAGACACCGAAGAAUAUCACGGAAUAAAAGAUAUUUUUACAAA